AGAAGGCGGGAAGCGUAUAUAACCCGGUGUGCAGGCACAGAGCCGGGAGAAGAAGAGAAGCCGCGGGUGUGAGGCUGUGUGUGACCAAGGCUGGAGAAGCAACAGGGGAGCGGGGAGGGGACCCGGCGGCGGCGGCGGCUCUGUGAGCGGGCUGAAGGAGGAGGCCGCCGCUUCCCCUGCCCGCGCUCCGCUCAGCUGUAUGGACGAGCACCUCAGCCUCCUGCACUCGCCUCCGCCGUCCUCCACCAGGCACCGCACCAACAGUAACAUAGUGAACCCGGGCUACACGGACGCGGAGCAGGAGAUCAUGACGGUGGUGGCUUGUGAUAACAUCCUGGAGGAGGCGGCGGCACUGCCCGGGCACCACUCCUCAGAGGGGUACGAGCAGGACGACCACGAGUGCUGCGAGCGGGUGGUCAUAAACAUCUCCGGCCUCCGCUUCGAGACUCAGCUGAAAACUUUAGCUCAGUUCCCGGACACACUGCUGGGGGACCCCAAGAAGAGGAUGCGCUACUUCGAUCCGCUCAGGAACGAGUACUUCUUCGACCGCAACCGACCGAGCUUCGAUGCCAUCCUGUACUACUACCAGUCCGGGGGCAGGAUCCGCAGACCCGUCAAUGUGCCCAUCGAUAUCUUCUCGGAGGAGAUCCGCUUCUAUGAGCUGGGCGAGGAGGCGAUGGAGAAGUUCCGGGAGGACGAGGGUUUCAUCAGGGAGGAGGAGCGCCCGCUGCCCCCCAACGAGUUCCAGAGGCAAGUGUGGCUUCUCUUCGAGUACCCGGAGAGCUCGGGUCCUGCCCGGGGCAUCGCCAUCGUGUCUGUCCUGGUCAUCCUUAUCUCCAUCGUCAUCUUCUGCCUGGAGACUUUACCCGAGUUCAGGGAUGACAAGGAGUAUAACGGGCCGGUGCUGCCACCUGUCAAUGGGACCGGCCCCUACCUCAGCAGCUCCUUCACAGACCCCUUCUUCGUGGUGGAGACUUUAUGCAUCAUCUGGUUCUCCUUUGAGCUCCUGGUCAGGUUCUUUGCCUGCCCCAGUAAAGCCACCUUCUGCAAAAACAUCAUGAACAUCAUAGACAUUGUGGCCAUCAUCCCUUACUUCAUCACCCUGGGCACCGAGCUGGCAGAGCGCCAGGGCAAUGGUCAGCAGGCCAUGUCCUUGGCCAUCCUGAGGGUGAUCCGCCUGGUCAGGGUCUUCCGUAUCUUCAAGCUGUCCAGACAUUCCAAGGGACUUCAGAUUUUGGGGCAGACCCUAAAGGCUAGUAUGAGGGAGCUGGGGCUGCUCAUCUUCUUCCUCUUCAUUGGAGUCAUCCUGUUCUCCAGUGCUGUGUACUUUGCUGAAGCUGAUGACCCCUCCUCCGGCUUCAGCAGCAUCCCAGAUGCCUUCUGGUGGGCAGUGGUUACCAUGACUACUGUGGGGUAUGGGGACAUGCACCCGAUCACCAUAGGAGGCAAAAUAGUGGGAUCUCUUUGUGCAAUUGCUGGGGUACUAACCAUAGCUCUACCAGUGCCUGUCAUUGUCUCCAACUUCAACUACUUCUAUCACAGGGAGACAGAAGGAGAGGAACAAGCCCAGUACCUCCAUGUAGGCAGCUGCCAGCACCUGUCCUCCAAUGAGGACCUGAAAAAGACCCGUAGUAAUUCCACCCUCAGUAAAUCUGAGUACAUGGUGAUAGAAGAAGGGGUGAGCCCUGGACCCUUUAAACAACCCAGCUUCAAGACUGCCAACUGCACCACCACCACCACCAACAACCCGAACUGUGUCAACAUCAAGAAGAUGUUUACCGAUGUGUAAGAUGGGUGGGGGUUCUGGAUGUGUUCAGAUCUAGAAAUGUCACGACCAUCGACAUCAGCCUGUCCCACAUUUUAGUGUUCAUUUUUCAGCGCUCCUCUGGGAAGAAGCUGCUGCACCCUUAGGAGACCCCAGGGGUGCCCUGCUCUAGGAGGCUGCACCAGGAGGGUGCACAUUUAUUAUUCCUUAUUUUGCUAGGACAAGGGGGAACGCUGAUGGUAUUCCCUUCUUUUCAAGUGCUGCUUUUAGUAACCUCAUCCAUGUGACGGAGGAUUGGGCUGGGAAGAUAAAGGGCUGUUGUUUUCGGAAGGUUGUUUUGGAUUGAUCUCCAUUUUUACCUCAAUUUUCGGCACAUUUUUUUCUUUCUUGGAUUUGCUCUCAUCAAACUUCAUAUAAGGACAGAAUCCCUCCUUCUAUGAUAAUAGUUCAGUGACAAUAGAUGACCUAGGCUAUCUGGCUUCUGAUACAAUAACUUAGUGCUAGGUCACUGCAACAAGUGUUCCCUGUCUGUACUAGUGCCAAGAUGUGGCGGUGGGGCAGGUGGAUGGCGCUGCUCCCUGCACUGGAGAUGUUGUUAUGCUGUGACAGUCUACAUGCCAGAAGAAGAUUAAACUGCUGGACUUGCUUCUCAUGGGAAGUUACUAAUUCUGAACCCAGUGAUGCAGUUCCCAUAGCAACAUAGGUUUCCUGGGAAACCCAGUUGUCAUGGCAUCCUUGUUUCCAUAGCAACUAUCCAGAUGGUCCCAACUUAACACAGACGCUGCUGCUGCUUCUGCUGCUGCUGUUGAGAAAAUGCUCAGAGAAAGUUAAUCCCACUGAGAUUCACAGACUAGGUAUGAAAAUCCAGUGCCCACCUGAGAUCUAUAGAGCCAUUGUGAUCCCACACUGUGAAGGCCAACCCUAAACAGGGAACAUGUAGCGCACAUAGAUGGUCGACGAUAUCGUGGGUUUGGGAUGGCAAAUAAAGUACGACCCCCCUUCACGGAUAGAGGUGUGAAUUCAUACAAAAUCAAUUGUAGCAUUAAAGGAAAAGCACUUUAUAAAUGGAAACACAUCGGCACUUACAUGACUCUGUACAGCAAGUGAACAAGCCUUACAACCAGGACACGAGGGGCUGAAGGUAACUAGCACUAGAAAUGCCAACCUGGUCGCAGACCCCUUCACCAAGGGGAGUGGCAGAACCUGAGAAAGUAAAAGAAGAUUUCCAAAGGCCUGCAUCAUAUGUAAUGCAAGAUUGUUUGCCUUAGCCAUUUUCCAGAAGCUGGAAAAUAUAGAAAACAUGUAACUUCUUGAAGAAAUACAUGUCGCUGAAGAAGCCUCAAAUGACAGAUCUACACCGAAUGAAAUGAACGAAAUGUAAAAGACUCUUUUUGAAGAGACACUGCAGUUCGUAGACCAAUGGAGACUUGGUCUCUUAGUAAUAUUUUCUUUCUAUUUUUAUAAAAUAUGUACUUAAGUUUUUGUGUUUUACACAAGUGCAUUAUGUUGAAAACAUUAUUUUUUUUUUUUAGAAAUCUGAAACAUACCCGGAUUUGGUGCAAUAUGUCUUAGAAGGGAAAGACAGAACCUAGAUGCAAAAAGUUGUUUCUUUUUUGUGAUCAUUGCCAUUUACUGAAAAGUAGAACACUGUAUCUAGUCUAAGAGUGCUGCUAUUUGAUGUUGUGUUUGGAUGGUAAAAUCUGAACUGUAACAGUUGCAAUGUCAGCGUUGUUCACGUAUCAAUUUCCUAUCCUAAAUGAUGCUACAAGCUUUAUGUUAUAAACACUAUAUAUAUAUAUAUAUAUAUAUAUAUAUAUGUAUAUAUAUAUAUAUAUAUAUAUAUAUAUAUAAAUACACACAUUCCAAUUGUAUGUACCAAAGCUAUAAUUGUAAGUCCAGUCUGUUUGACAAUGUGAUCACUAAUGUGUAACUAUUAUCCUGUGUAGUGGCCGAUCAUGUGUUUCCCAAAUAGUUAUAUUGUACAGCAUUAUAUUGUAGAGCACCUACAAAUAGUUUGCUCAACAUAAAUGAACUACUUUUAAGAAUUUACCCAUUUCACAACAGUUGUUCUCCAUGGGGCCAGUCUAGAACUAUAAUUCAUCUCUCUUUGGCUACUUCUAUGGAGAGAUUCUAAGGCUACUUUCACACUGCCGUUAUGCCCCAUCAGAGAUUGGCCUUUUUUCUUUGUGCCUUUAAUGGCCGUUAAUCCGGAUGGGGCACAACAGGCAACAACGGCUCCCCACAGCUCCCAAUUACUAUUAGGUGGUCCGUCAGAUGCCGUUGUUUUAUGGAGUAGCGCUUGCAGUAUUUUUUCUCCCGCUAUUCUUCCUGGGUUUCCUGAUGGACGUCACACUGCCGUUUCACAACAGCAAUGUGAAAGUAGCCUCAGACAAUGGGCCUCAACCUUCCUAAUGCCAUGACUCUUUAAUACAGUUCCUUGUGUUGUGUUGACCCCCAACCAUAAAAUUAUUUUCGUUGCUACUUCAUAACUGUAAUUUUGCUACUGUUAUGAAUCAGUAGGCAGCAGUUCCCCCACAUUAGGUAUAGGCAGGAGCAGUUCCCCCACUUUAGGUAUAGGCAGCAGAGUUUCCCCACAUUAGGUAUAGGCAGCUGGGUUCCCCCACAUUAGGUAUAGGCAGCAGGGUUCCCCCACAAUAGGUAUAGUCAGCAGAGUUCCCCAACAAUAGGUAUAGGCAGCAGAAUUUCCCCACAGUAAGUAUAGGCAGCAGAGUUCCCCCACAGUAGGUAUAGGCAGCAGAGUUCCCCAACAGGUAUAGGCAGCAGAGUUCCCCCACAUUAGGUAUAGGCAGUAGAGUCUUCCCCCACUUUUUUCCAUGGAUUGUGUCUGGCAUUGCAGCCUAUUCACUUUAAACUAAACAACUAACAAGAGUUGGCUCUGUUUUUUAAAAAAGUAUAUAUUUUUUUAAACUACAUGUUUUGGAUUUUAGGUACCUGCUGACACUCUAAAUGACCCUGAAGUUACCACCAUAGCAUAGACAUAAUAACAAAAUCCAAAUUUCAAUGUUAGCUGCCUUUUUUUCUGUGUUCUACACAAGCUGAAAUUUGGGCUCACCACAAAAAAAGAUUGAUAGAGUAUCUCUUGUUUACAGCACAAGGUUUUUUAAUUUCAGCAGUAAUAAGUCAACCUUAUUGCUAUUUACAGUCAAUCACUAUGCUUGUAUCUUAUUACAGAUGGGUGUGUGCCAAAAUACCCAGGAUGGCACAUUAGUUGAGGAAUACUGCCAUUUGAAAGCCAAGCCCUGUUUUUCGACACCUAAAAUGUAGGUUUAAAAUAAAUAAAUAAAAAGGUAGGGCUUGGUUCACACAGCGUAAUAUUUUCAGCAGAUAUUUAAAUUUACUAAGGAUAAUUAAGGAUAAUCGAUGGAUUUUUUUUAAAUAACUCAGCUUAGGACUUAAAAAGAGCAUAGUGCAUACAACUACCACAUUUUGUAUUCACAUAUAGUACACUAUAUAUAAGUUUAAAAGGAAAUCUCUCAAGGUAAACAUGUAGUCUUAACCCGUGGACACCUUGUUAGGCUGCAUUCACACUUCGUUUUUACAUUACGGGUGCCGGAUUCGGCUGGGGAGGGGCAUACCGGGCUCUCCCGUACCCCAGCCGGACCAGCGCUGAACUCCAUU